AUGGACAAAACGACAAAACAAGAAAAGGAAGAAAAGUGCAUGGCGUUCGAGAUGGCGCUGGCGUGGGGCGUGGCGUGGGCGGGCGGCGCGGCGUCGGCGGAGGGCGGCGCGCGGGCGGCGGCGGCGGCCAGGGCGCUGCUGGUGGCGGCCAAGGGCUGCGCGCGCCUCGAGCGCCGCGCGCAGCUGCUGCUCGACCAGCUGCGCACCUGCCCGCUAGCCUUCUCCGCCGGCGGCCUCUUCCCGCUCGACCUGCGCUUCUUCGCCGGCCUGCUCGCCACCGUCGUCGGCUACUUCACCGUCGUGCUCCAGUUCCGCCCCGCCGCCCCCGCAGCAAGCCCCGCGCCCUGCAACGCGUCGCUCGGAGAGUAGCUCAGGGCAUCAGCUCCUCGGGGGGUCGUAGGGUUGGGGUGGUGACGCCAAAAACAUUUUAGACAUUUGUUUGAUGGCUAGGUAGAAUUCAGUUGCUGUGUGUAGCGUCGCUCGGAGGUGAAGUGGCUCUGGGCAUCGGUUCCUCUGACCGAGUGGUCCUAGGGUUGGGAUAGCGACGGUAACAGUUUCUACAUUUGUUUGAUAGCUAAGUUUCUGUGUAACGGAGCAUUGCAGCGGCCAGCUGCUCUGAUAGUUGCUUUUCCUCGGUGUUUUCCAAUCCCACCAGUCUAAUACCGGAGCAGUACCCGCACAAACGGGUCACGAACCGCGCGCGUUCUUUCUUUCCUCUUUCUUCUCCUAUACUCCCACCUUACACACACUUACACUUAUAUUCUCUACAUUACCACACAUGUCGGGAGACCAGUUAGGAAUUUCUCGGCUGGGGCGGUGCCCAGCUGGUCAGAGAUUCCUGUUUGGGAAAAAUCCCAGCAAGACGACAGACGGCAUGGAUCUCGUCAGUCAACGAGCAAAGACGAUCACCACCUCCCACGAUAAAAAAUGCACUUCACUUACAGCACUAAUGACCUUAGCACAUGACGCGCCAUAACUAACCAAUCAAUGGAUAGACCGAAAUAUCCCACUCGUUAACUGAAGUAUGUUCCACUCGCGGUGUUUGACAGACGCGUACCCAUGCUAUUCCGCUGGGGAAACGUUGUGCAUAAUGAGACACACUGAACACUAAGAACAUAGAUUGAAAGUGGAAAAAGAUGUGUGUGUAUUUGUUGUGAUAACACUGCUAAUUUGUAUUUUUCUUAUGACAAAUGUAAUCACGUCGUGCUAUGAAUUUAUUAGAGGAAAAAUUCAUGUUUUAAGAAUUGGAAAGUUCAAAGUGGUUUAUAUCUCAAAGUUGUCAAAUUACGUUGCGAUUUGGACUAUGUAUAAUAAGUGCACUGUUUUUUUAAUCAAUUAUCUUUAAAUUAAUCUACGUGUUAGUUGUUGUCAAAUAACAAUGUUUAGAAAGCUGGUUGACUGGUGAUACUCGCAGAACAAGGAUAAAAGACAAAUAAGAAACAUUCAGGGAUUAUAAGUUUUCCAAAUCAGUCUGUAAAUUUUCACAUUCACUAAAACUGCUUUUCUUUUCUUGGAAAUAUAGAACCCUAUUUUUAUUUUAUUAUUUUACUAUUUUUUCAGGAUUUCAAAUUGUAUAUUAUUUUUUAUCAUUAUAAUUUUAAAUGUAAAAUCUAUGUGCAUUUUUCGUGUCUUUGCUGUUGAAGUAAACAAAGUUUAGUGAGAGUAUAAGUAGU